AUCGACAAAAACGCGAACAAAGAGUCCGUUCGCAAGAUGUUCGUUGAUCACGAAGGAAAGAAAACCAUCAAGGUAGUAGUGCCUGAUACAAGCAUCUAUACUGUGGACUACAGCUGGUUCUUUGAUCAGAUAGCGAAGAGAGUACAAGAAAACGUGAAAGUACCUGAGUUCGUGGAUGGAAUGACGGCAGAUUUCAGCACCACAACUGCAGUCCAGAAGAUUGUUUCGCAGAUUACAUUGAUGUAUUCAGUUCAAAAAUAUUUCUCCUUUAAACCGUUAUUCUCUUGUGGAAUCCCUGCAGUGGAGAUGCUAGGCACUGAAGACGACUGGAGCAAGUUACAAUCCAAACUGAAGGUACUGCGAACACUGCUUGAACCCAUAGAGAACGACCUUGGCUUAUCAUCGGAGUGGUGGGUUCUUGUGGAAAAAGUGUUCCGCGAACUGCUGACGACCUACCAAGGAAGACCAGAUACAGGAUGGUGGAGUCAUAUUAUCAGCUACCAAAACAGGUUUGGGUCAGGUGAACAUGGUUACAGGGGCUGGAUUACCGACUUUCUGGAGGGGACCGAACGCCUUGUUGAUAUUGAUGAGAUGACCAGCGGCCUGGUUAGUGUUCCACUCAUCCUCGGAGACAUCACUAGUCGGCGAGCAAAAGACAACGCCACGCUUGUAGCAGGAAUGCUGGGCUUCACUCUCCACACUGAUGAAACCAAAGAGUUGUCUGUACAGCCAUUCCAAGGCUGGUCUCUUCUGCUCUCUGAGGACUCGCCAUUUCGCUAGUAAGCUACAUAAGACUUCCCAAACGACAUGAUCGAAAGAGCCAAAAUUAAAUUAAAUUUAACGGAUGCGGCAAAAUAGUGACUGUAAUAAUUAGCAAAAGAAAGGAAACUUCAAUAGACACUUUAGAAACGGCGGCCAUAUUGGUGUCCCAGGCCAAACCUGUGGGAGUUGAACUUUUUCCUUAUGUGAACACUUUCUUUGUUAUAAUCAAAUUUGAAUGACUGCUGGCCACGUGAGAGGAAACGCUCUAUGGUGCCAAGACGAAUUGCGCGUUUUCACUUGACGUUACGGCAGCCAUAUUGGUGUUCCAAAACAAUGAGACGGUGCCCGUGUCGGCGUACCAAACCAAACUUUUAUAUAGUCUAGUCGAGCCUUUUUCUUUGUAAAAACCUACUUUUGCUCCAAUAAAUGUGCUUGAUUAAUGGCCAGGUGAAUCUAAACGUCCCAUUGUUGAACUGCGUGUGGUUCUUCUAAAGGUACAUUGUUCACGUAUGCGCACUAGACUGCCAAGGCACAAUUGCUUUCUAUUGCACGUCCUAAUUCCUCCACUAUUAUUAUUUUUAUUGUUAGAUGAUUAAUGUCAAUCGUCCAGUAGUAAAACACUAAUCGACUUAUGUCUCAUAUCCUCUAAAUUUGCUCUGCGCUACCUCGACCGUUAAGAAAAAAUAACUGCUUGCAUCAUUUCGCUAAUUCGCAAUUAAGCUACAUAAGGCUUCAAAAACGGCGUAAUCUAGAGUCAAAACAAAUAGUUUGAUAGUUAGGAGUUUUGUUAAAUUGUACAAAUGCAGCCGAAUAGUGACUGUAAAGAUAAGCCAAAGAAAAGCGAACUUUAUCAAAUGGACAUUUUGAACUCAAACAAUCCAGGAGGUUGAUUUUUUUUUAGCAAUAUUGGACUCUUGGACUCACUAGAUAUCUAGUUCAAUGGCUUUACAGCCGAUGUCUGCCAUGUAUGGAUCUUUUUCCGCGUUUUUCGUGAGAAAUGAGUGAAGUGCCUUGUUUAUUUUAGCUUCAAAAUUGGACACUAUAAUAUAUGUACAUCAUGACACACAGUACGGAAUGAUACAGUGUACGCUUGAACCUACCUAACUGCAGUCAAACCUCUAUUAAUCGGCCACCGAUGAAGCGGCCAUUUCUUGUUAAGCGGCCAGUUAUCAAAGUUCCGAAAUCUAUGUCAGUAAAAUGCUGUAAAUGAAACUCCAAUUACCCGGCCACCUUUUGUUCAUCCCGAUUUGGAGGUUAGCCAUCAGAUUUUAAAAUACACGUAGUUUGACUUUCUUUUGGAAAAGACGAUGACAGAUGAAAGUCCGAACUGAAAUAGUCAGAAUUUCAUGUUCAUUAUGAUUGUCUAGACGAGAUUCCAUGUUCACUAAGCAAUCAGUCCAAUCUAAAAAAUAUUGAAAGUAGAUGAACCUCUAUAAGGUACCAACCCUAUAAAGCGACCACCUCCCAUUUCCUCAAAGGGGACCCUUUAAUAGGGGUUUGACUGUAUACCUGUAUCUCUCCUUGUUAUAAGGCAAAUAAGACUUUGACAUAUUCCUUUCAUCCACCCGGAUAUGUUGCUAUGGACUGCAACCUCGAUAUGUUGGUAUCGUGGAUUACCGAGUUUCUGGAGGGGACAACAAGUCAUAGAUAUUGAUGACACGACGACCGGCCUGGUUAGUGUUACACUCAUUCUCGAAGACCCUGUCGAUUGUGUGAAAGACAACGCCACACUUCUAGCAGGAAUUCUGUGCUUCGCUGUCCAUACUGGUAACACAAAAGAGGUGUAUUUACAGCCAUUCCAAGGCUGGUCUCUUCGCCAUUUUGCAGGUAACCUCCGGAAGACUCUUCUUCAAAUAGAGUGUUUUCACAUGAUGUCACAUCAGCCAUAUUGGUGUUCCAAAACAAUGA